AACUCGGAAGAUAUGUCUAUGAGACCCUCAACACUCCUUAUUUAUAAAUACAGCUGUCAAACGUUAUAACAUAACCUAAAAACAAUUUAAUAUAAAGCAGUUUGGAAAAAACAUCAACAAGCAAAAGAGUCGUCUUUACUAGAAGCAAGACUUCUGCUGUAAAAGUUCCAUAUAUUAUUAACUUAAUACAAAUAUGGCAAAUUUAGAAUUAAGAGCAAAAAUCGAUCAGGCAUGCAGAGUUGCAGAAGAAUUCACAAAACUGUACUAUGAAACUAUGGAUAAACGGAGACACUUGAUAUCAAGGCUUUACCUAGAGGCGGGAAUUUUAUCUUGGAACGGAAAUGGGGUAAAAGGUAAUGAUCGAAUUCAGAAGUUUAUCAUUGAUUUGCCAGCUUCUGAUCACGCCUUGGUUACUUUGGAUGCGCAACCUGUUCUUGAUAUCGCAACUAGUGGUCAACUAACGUUCAUAAUUCAAGCGACCGGAACGGUAAAGUACCAAGAGAAGACCCCGAAGACGUUUCAGCAAAAUUUCGUUGUAACCGCACAAGGAGACAAAUGGAAAAUCGCCAGCGACUGUUUCCGGAUACAAGAACCUUUGAACAAAUAGUCUUUUUUAAACAAUAAGAUUAUUCAUUUAUGAACAUUUGUAUUUUCACAAUAAAACUUUUUAUAAUAUU